UCUGUGUACAGGUUGUGAUUGUGCAGUUUGGAGGAAAGCCCUUCAGCUGUGCCCCUCUCAAUGUGGAGCAGUGGCUGUGGUGCCUCUUCGUGGGAGUUGGAGAACUGCUGUGGGGUCAGGUGAUCGCCACAGUGCCCACUAGUCACCUGAAGUGUCUGAAGGAAGCGGGCCACGGGCCAGGCACAGACGAGAUGACGGAGGACGAGCUGGCUGAGGAUGAAGAGGAGAUUGACCACGCUGAGAGAGAGCUGCGCAGGGGGCAGAUCCUCUGGUUUAGAGGCCUUAACCGUAUCCAGACUCAGAUGGAGGUAGUGAGUACGUUCAAGAGAAGUGGUUCGUUUCAGGGUGCAGUGAGACGUCGCUCCUCAGUGCUCAGCCAGCUCCAUGACGUAACCAAUAUUUCUACCCCCACUCAUGUAGUUCUCUCCACUGCCAAUGCAAGCGCCGCUCCUGGGAAUGCGGGUAGUGAAAGCGUUCCGUAGCUCCCUUUAUGACGGAAUCGAGAAACCCGCGUCCCGGAAUUCCAUCCACAACUUCAUGGCGCACCCUGAGUUUCUCAUCAACGACUACAUUCACAACAUCCCGCUGAUCGACGACACCGACAUUGACGAAGAAUCAGAGUGGUCAAGGCACAACCACCAGUUGCAUCCGGCCUUCCGAAAGCCCCCUCCUCCUCCAGUCCAGCAACCGCAGCGCUCCCGCCCUCCGCCCCGUCCCUACCGCCAGUACAGCCUCCCUGCCACACCAAACCGAAACAACAACGCCAUCGAGAGCACCGUCUACCACCUGAACCUCCCCACAGGCCCCGAAGGCCACUGGACAUCCCCGCCCCAAAAGCUGAAUCCCCUCCUCGCCCUGGAGACCUCACUAUGACUGAGGGACGAGACCCUAAAAACUUUGAGGAUCUGUGUGGAUCAGGCUGAUGGGGGAGGCUCCUAAGGACAUAUUUUAGGUGGUUGACCCCCAACACUAUGACAGGGUCAUCUCAUUACAAUCAUCUGCCCACUACCACCACCAUCCACCGGAAGCACUAUCACUCCUCUUGUCUCGACAACAGCCCCACAGACACCUCUCUUCUCACCGUGUGGAGAGGAGGUCAGUCUGCUGUGUGUCUGUGGUUCCUUUGGACGGACCUGAGUAGGUGAGGGAUCCAGAUCUGAUGGAUUUUAGUGCUGGUGACUUUUGACUUCUCCGAAUGCAAAGUUAUUCGUUCCCUACGUGUGGAGUAGGGGUCCAUUCACUUUACUUUUAUCGGUGUUACUGAACUCGAUAUUAUGAUUACUAUCAUUUUUGACUUCUACUAUAGCCACCUUCAUCAUGAGUGCUCGGAUUUCAUUACGAUAUCACAGAUUACUACUUUUAUUACUAUGAGUAAUGCUUUAUGGAUUAGCUUUAAAACAUGUUUGUUUAUUUAUUUAUUUAUGUGCUCAUUUAUUUAUUGUGAUCACCAACUUUUAUUUUUCAAUGUCUGUUUCUCUCUCUAAGUGUCUGUGUGUGUGUGUGUGUUGUAUCUGUCUUAAAAGCAUAACAAGC